GGGUGGUUAUAUAUAAAGAAAUCAUUUUCGUAAUUGUUAUAAAAUAGUGAAAUUGAACGAAAAAUGUUUUAAACAACAGAGAAAUUAACAACAUGAAGAAAGGAAUUUUAUUUAUAUUUGACAGUUGCUGACAACAUAAGAAAAAAUGUCGGGAGAAAAAGUUUUGAGCCUCAGAGAUUUGAGAACUUUAGACGAUUGUGAUGGCAUAUUUGUGAGCCAUGAAGACAAACAAGACUCGUUUGACGAGGUAGACUCAUCCAGAGUUAUUCUAGUCACGAAAGAUACGGACGUGCCCAAGACAUAUGCAGAGAGAGCCGACAAAUCUGGUUAUGAUGAAAUUGACCAAAUUAAUUUUAGGCUGGUCAGUAAGAAAUGGGGUAUAUCGUUUACAACGACUCCUCGGGGCCCAGGAGUGUGCGGGCUAAUCCAAAUAAAUGGUGCUCCACUUAUAAAGAGUAUAGUGGAGAGUUUAUGGAAAUACUGGACCACACUUAUAUCAGGAAUUCACUUUGAACCAGUCAGGUUUGAUGAAAGUGGGUAUCUACUUGUCUGGUUUGCCUCAAGCUCAUGUUAUGCAGGAUUUGCUGCCAAAAUGACAGCAGGCUUACUUAAUAUGGAUAAACUCAGGGUGGUGUCACUUGAAGCGGCUGAGAUUGCUAACCCUCCCAAAGUAUCACUAGAGGUAGAGACGUCACCUAGCAACACAAACAUCAUCAUGGAGAAUAUCACACAGGCUGUGAUCCCCUUCAGUGCAGCGUUCACUUUCCUAGCGAUCCAUGAGAGGAUUAUGUCACUCUGGCAACCAAGUGUAACUCCAGAAGGAAGUGUUCCAUCAGUGGGGAUCAAUUUGUUAUUUGAUGGACGAAACCAGGCGAACGCACUCAGAUCCCUGAAAGCUUUACAAUCUGAUCAAUGGGAAAAUGUCACAUUUCCCAGUGCUAUAAAGGACCGCAUACCAGAGGAACUUCAACUCUAUAGAAAUAGAAAUCAAGGACUCCCUGCUAUUGGGCUUAGAACAGGCUGCCCUCAGGCGGGAGUUGAGAUAUGUGUACUUGUCCAGGACCCUGCCAACUUUACCAAAAUGGAACAAUUCUAUGAGGACAUUAUUGGUCACAAGCCAGUGAAUCGUGCAAGUGGUGAUCAUUGUAAAUAUUCUGUAUUUGCAGUUUCAAGGAAAUCAGAGUUGGUGUUAGGGUAUUACCCAGGGGUGGUCGUAGGUAAUUCCCAAAAUGUCUCAAUUUGUGUUCAGGUUGAUGGGGCAAAUAUAGGGGGCGCUAAAGAGACCAGUAAAGGUCAUUGGGUUGUACCAGAUCCCGAGGGCAAUCAUGUGCAAAUGUUUAAAAUCCUUUAAGCAAGAGAAUUUCACCCAUAGUGAUAGAAUAUGGAGACAGGACUUCCAUAAGAUCGACAUAUACCAAUUACAACAAAAGAUCUAUAUUAUGUUUCAUAUUAAAUUGUAUUGAAAUGUGUUAAAUUUGCCCAUUGGACAUUAAAUGAGAUUAUAAUCAAAAUCAUAUAAUUUAUUAAGUCCAGCAAGGCAACUUCUAAAAUAUUGUUUUGUUAGAAAAAGCAAAAAA